CCUGUAUCACGGAUUUGACGCCGAGACGGGAUUCGCCUGGUCUAAUCGUAAUUUUGAAGAAGUUUUGGAGAAUCACGUUCUCCGCGCCGUUGUCCUAGCGGUGGGUACCAUGGCUCCACACUUUUUGUUACCGCCAAGCCGACGCGGAAGUGCACGUGCUGACAGCCCUAUGGGAGGGUCUAUCAUUCGGCAGGGUCAUGUACAUUCACCGUCUUGUCGCCCGGAACUCCUCCUUCGCCUCCUCACUUCGUUUCAGCUUAUAAAACUCGUACAACCUGGACAACAGCUCACCAUACGUGGACCCCACAAUCUCACUGCCCGACAACGCUUUCGUCCAUUUCAACCCGCGUGUUUGUGCUGCACGACCACAGCCAGCGAAGCAGCCUCAGAAGGAACCGAGGAUUACCACGACCGGUUUGCUGGAGAGCCUCACCUCUAGAAUCGACUCGGCCUACCUCUGGCACGAUCAACCAUGCGCUUAAGGAUACGAGCGCCUUCGGGCGUCUCUACAAUCACACUCUCAGAUGACGCCACUGUCUCCGAUCUGCUCACCAGCAUAUCAGAAGCUUCCAGUCUCCCAGAGUUUGACCUUAAAUGGGGGUUCCCGCCACAGUCUCUCGAUCCCUCACUCUAUGGUCUUCCGACUCUCCUUAAAGAGACUGAUCUCGAACUCAACGGCGAGCAACUAAUAGUGUUGGCACGAGAAAGCGAAGGGUUGGCGCAGGCUUCCACAUCAGAGCCGUCCUCCCAAAGCACAUCGAACACCCUCACUCCUCCCCCCAUACCUACAAAAUCGAAACCGAAGAACCAGAUGGGGCCGUUAUCCUUGAAGCGGCGGAAGAAUGCGGCACUCGAAGAUCCACCGGAAAUACCACUGUCCUCCCACGGCGCCACUGUCGUGCUCCGCGUCAUGCCGGAUGACAACAGCUGUCUGUUCCGGGCCAUCUCAAGCGCAGUGCUGAGCGAUGAACUGGAUGCUAUGACGGAGCUGCGGUCAGUAGUUGCGCAGGCUAUCCAGAGUGACCCGGAAAAGUACAACGCUGUCACACUCGAGCAAACACCCGACGAGUACUGCAAGUGGAUACAGAUGGAGUCUUCGUGGGGUGGAUCAAUCGAACUUACCAUCCUUUCGGAGCAGCUCGGGGUGGAGAUCUGCAGUAUCGACGUUGAGAAUUUGCAUGUUUAUCGAUUCAACGAGGGGCAACCGAGGAGGUGUAUUGUGGUGUACUCCGGGGUCCACUACGAUACGAUAGCAAUCAGUCCAUCGGAUCCUCCGCAUACGCAUGCAGACUUGGGCGCCGAACUAGACCAGAAGGUCUUCGACGCUGAUGCAGAUGAGAUCUUGGAAGCUGCAGUGGAGCUCUGCCGGAAGCUCCAAAAAGGAGGAUACUAUACAAAUACCCAGAAGUUCUCAAUCAAAUGCAACCUGUGCGGAUGGAGAGGGAAGGGUGAAAAAGAGGCGGUCAAGCAUGCUACUGCGACUGGGCACAGUGACUUCGGCGAGGGUGAUUGAUGGAGCGAGAGACUGAUUCUUCACUACGAAGACAUGGAUUAGAGUGCCGUGGAUUACAGCGGGAGCGACACUAUCACGUUUUUAGCAUACACGGCAUGGCAUCUUGGGGGAUGCGGUAAUAUACCCUUUCACUGGCAUCUUAUUUCUAACUGUUAAUAUUCGACAUCACCCCUAUGCAAUUUCAUCCAGAUUUUCCACUUUGAUCUUCCAAUGCAUCCGUCAUUACUUAUAGCCGUUAAAAG